CGCGGAUGAAAGCCGAGCCGAACGUCCACUUGUACUGGACCGACGUAAACCCUUUUGCUCUCCUUUAAAUUCGAAUCAUUUCCCUCAACUUCUUCACCUAAAUAACUAAACAGAAACAAGAAAAAAAAACUAGCUAGUAACCUAAUAAUUAUGAGAAUUGUCCCUAAAGCAGAGAACUACGAACCGGAGCUUGCGGAGCUUAGCUCCGCAGUUGCUGUUUCCACCGUGAAUAAGAGAAGAAAAGAAGAUGAAAAAGGUUUCAAAAGAUCAGAAAAAUCUGUAAAUGGUUACAAUCUUGACGAAGAAAAUGCUAAGGUUGUCUGUGUAACGGACGGUCUCUCAUUUCUCGGUCGAGCCAUUACAGAACGGCUCUUGCUUCAUGGCUACACCGUCCGCAUCAUCGUCAAUGGCCCAGAUGACCUUGAGAGACUGAGGGUGAUGAGGGAUGAAACGCCGACGUUUCACGGGAGAAUCGAAGCAGUGACUGCGAGGCUAACGGAGACAGAGAGCCUAGUCGAUGCAUUUGACGGGUGUAACGACAUUUUCCAUACUUCAGGCUUCAUAGAUCCCUCCGGCGUCUCUGGCUACUCCAAAUAUAUGGCUGAGAUAGAAGCAAAGGUUUGUGAGAACGUAAUGAACGCGUGUACGAUGACGCGAUCGGUGAGGAGAUGCAUUAUGACUUCUUCCUUAUUAGCUUGCAUAUGGCAAAACGGCACGCAGUUCAGCUCCCCUUCUGUGAUUGAUCACUCUAGUUGGAGCGACGAGUCUCUCUGCCAGAACAAGAAGGGAAGCUCAAAGCAGAGAAAACUGCAUGGAAAAUUGCUGAAAAUAAAGGAUUCAGACUCUCAACAAUAUGUACUGCUCUCAUCACUUCCUGUUAACUUACUUCACCAUAACCCUACACCUACAAUUGCUUAUCUCAAAGGAGCCGAGGAAAAGUAUGGAAAUGGGGUACUAGCCACCGUGGACGUACACACGCUUGCAAAAGCGCACGUGCGAGUAUAUGAGGAAUUGAAUAAGGCAGAGCGUUAGGUAGGUACCUUUGUUUCGAAAAGGUUAUAACGCGAGAAUACGAAGCAGAGGAAUUAGUCUACACAAGAUUCGAGGGGACAACUACUACUACUACUAUUGCUACAGUGACAGAACGACACCGUUUAGCUUGUCAAACAGAAGACUAUCUUCUCUAAUGUCGAAAUCUCCGAUUAGUUGUCUUGAUUAAGACUUGAACAAAUUGAUUAUUCUUUCAUUAUAAUUAUCAGUUUCCUGUGUCCCAAGUAGACAAUUUGUCAUUCUUAUGCUUUGAUAAUUUGAGGGUGUUUGAAAGUGAUUCUCGAGAGAUUGCUUAUUAGAGUGAUGGAUUAUGCAACAAGUGAGUGAUGGAUUAAAGGUAAAAUGUUCCAAUGGGAUUGACCAUUCAAGAAGGCAACGAUAGAACAAUUCAAAACAAUUACUUGAUCGAAAUUGAAAAAGGCUCGCCAUCAAUUGAUAUUAUAAGUACUAUGAUCCAAAAACAAUAUCCAAUGAUCAUUUUGAUAAAAUUACAGUAGACAAAUCUUCAAAAUCUAAUUAAGAGAUGGAUUUGAAAAAUACAAAACUGAAGGAAAAUAGAUUGGAAGAAAAGGUUUAGUGCUCAUAUUCUAUGGGUGUAAUGUGAGUCUAUCAAGCCAAUGGCUUUCAGUACGAGGAAUUACUUUUACAAUCAUCGCACUAAACACAAUUCCAAAUCCAACUUAUAACCGAAAAUUAAGAAAUUGUAUAAAGAAACAAACAGAGGCUCAGAGUUUUGCAUAAUCUGCUCAAGGAAGAGUUUACGAGGCUCUUCUCAUACAAGAGGUGUCAGAAAUAAUUAAGCAUUAAUCAUCCUCGCCCAAAAGAAACCAUUUUUUAAAAUCUCUGCAACAAAUCAAAAGCAAUUAAAAUAUUGAUUUUGAAAAUUACAAACUGAAAGAAAACGAUUAGAAGAAAAAUUGGGAUAGUGCUCAUAUUCUAUGGGUGUAAUGUGAGUCUAUCAAGCCAACGGCUUUCAGUACGAGGAAUUACUUUUACAAUCAUCGCACCAACCCCAGUUCCAAAUCAAACUUGUAACCAAAAAUUGAUAUAAAAAAAGUAUUGAGAAACAAGUAUAAGGCUCAGAGUUUUGCAUAAUCUGCUCAAGGAAGAGUUUACGAGGCUCUUCUCAUACAAGAGGUGUCAGAAAUAGUUAAGCAUUAAUCAUCCUCGCCAUCAAUCAAAUACCAGUAAAAUCAACAGCAAGUAAAAUAUAAAAAAAACCAGCACAAAGAUCUAAAAUCGAAAACUCAAUAACGAAAAAGAAAAAAAAAUGUUGAAAGAAACAGAGGCUCAGAGUUUUGCGUAAUCUGCUCAAAGAAGAGUUUAUCAAGCUCUUCUCAUACAAGAGGUGUCAGAAAUAAUUAAGCAUUAUUCAUCUCCGCCAUCAUCAAAUACUUUCAAAAUCAAUAACAAGAGGAAAACAAAAAACACAAAACUCACAGAGAAGUUAAAUCGAAAGACUCAUUAACGAAAAAGAAACGGCGGAGAAAGAGAUAUAAGAAUUAGGGUUUUGUUUCGG